GCUGCUCCCCGGCGGAGGCAAGAGGUGGUUGGGGGGGACCAUGGCUGACGUUUUCCCGGCCAACGACUCCACGGCGUCUCAGGACGUGGCCAACCGCUUCGCCCGCAAAGGGGCGCUGAGGCAGAAGAACGUGCACGAGGUGAAGGACCACAAAUUCAUCGCCCGCUUCUUCAAGCAGCCCACCUUCUGCAGCCACUGCACCGACUUCAUCUGGGGGUUUGGGAAACAAGGCUUCCAGUGCCAAGUUUGCUGUUUUGUGGUCCACAAGAGGUGCCAUGAGUUUGUUACAUUUUCUUGUCCUGGUGCGGAUAAGGGGCCUGACACUGACGACCCCAGAAGCAAGCACAAGUUUAAAAUCCACACUUAUGGAAGCCCCACCUUCUGCGAUCACUGUGGGUCACUGCUGUAUGGACUCAUCCACCAGGGGAUGAAAUGUGACACCUGCGAUAUGAAUGUUCACAAGCAGUGUGUAAUAAACGUCCCCAGCCUCUGUGGGAUGGAUCACACGGAGAAGAGGGGACGGAUUUACCUGAAGGCCGAGGUCUCCGAUGAAAAGCUGCACGUCACAGUACGAGAUGCAAAAAACCUAAUCCCUAUGGAUCCAAAUGGGCUUUCAGACCCUUACGUGAAGCUGAAACUUAUCCCCGAUCCCAAGAAUGAAAGCAAACAGAAAACCAAAACCAUCCGCUCCACACUAAACCCCCAGUGGAAUGAGUCCUUCACCUUCAAAUUAAAACCUUCAGACAAAGACCGGCGACUGUCUGUAGAAAUUUGGGACUGGGAUCGAACUACAAGGAAUGAUUUCAUGGGAUCCCUGUCCUUUGGAGUGUCGGAGCUAAUGAAGAUGCCAGCCAGUGGAUGGUACAAGUUGCUUAACCAGGAAGAAGGCGAGUACUACAACGUACCCAUUCCGGAAGGGGACGACGAAGGAAACGCGGAGCUCAGGCAGAAGUUCGAGAAAGCCAAGCUUGGCCCGGCUGGCAACAAAGUCAUCAGCCCUUCAGAAGACCGGAAACAGCCUUCCAACAACCUGGACCGAGUGAAACUCACCGACUUCAAUUUCCUUAUGGUGCUGGGGAAGGGGAGUUUUGGAAAGGUGAUGCUCGCUGACAGGAAGGGGACCGAGGAACUGUAUGCGAUCAAAAUCCUGAAGAAGGACGUGGUGAUUCAGGAUGACGACGUGGAGUGCACCAUGGUGGAGAAGCGGGUGCUGGCCCUGCUGGACAAGCCGCCGUUCCUGACGCAGCUGCACUCCUGCUUCCAGACGGUGGAUCGCCUGUACUUUGUCAUGGAAUACGUCAACGGCGGGGACCUCAUGUACCACAUUCAGCAAGUGGGGAAGUUUAAGGAGCCACAGGCAGUAUUCUAUGCAGCAGAGAUUUCCAUCGGCUUGUUCUUUCUUCAUAAAAGAGGAAUCAUUUAUAGGGAUCUGAAGUUAGAUAAUGUCAUGCUGGAUUCAGAAGGACACAUCAAAAUUGCUGACUUCGGGAUGUGCAAGGAGCACAUGAUGGACGGAGUCACAACCAGGACCUUCUGUGGGACUCCAGACUACAUCGCCCCGGAGAUAAUCGCUUAUCAGCCGUAUGGAAAAUCUGUGGACUGGUGGGCCUAUGGCGUCCUGUUGUAUGAGAUGCUAGCCGGGCAGCCUCCAUUCGACGGCGAGGAUGAGGAUGAGCUGUUUCAGUCUAUCAUGGAGCACAACGUCUCCUACCCAAAGUCCCUGUCCAAGGAGGCCGUGUCCAUCUGCAAAGGACUGAUGACCAAACACCCGGCCAAGCGGCUGGGCUGCGGCCCCGAGGGCGAGAGGGAUGUACGAGAACACGCCUUCUUCCGGAGGAUCGACUGGGAGAAACUGGAGAACCGGGAGAUCCAGCCACCGUUCAAGCCCAAAGUGUGCGGCAAAGGAGCGGAAAACUUCGACAAGUUCUUCACACGAGGGCAACCUGUCCUAACGCCGCCUGAUCAGCUGGUCAUCGCUAACAUAGACCAGUCUGAUUUUGAAGGCUUCUCAUAUGUCAACCCCCAGUUCGUGCACCCCAUCUUACAGAGCGCAGUAUGAAACUCACCAGGAACAACCGAUGCCUCCCCGACCCCAGGCACCCCCACCCCUCAGCAGUGGGAAAUGAUCCUUAACCCUAAAAUUUUAAGGCCACAGCUUUGAGUCUUACUCCACCUGGAGGCCUGAAAAUUGUAGGGUUAUUAGUCCAAGAGUGAUCAACCGUCCAGGGUCUCUCUCUCCCAACCAGGAGCAUCAUCGCAGUGGAGGACGUCGUCAUGUACAGUGCCCACUGUACCUCGACAAAGUCAUGUCUGGCUGUCGGUGACCCUGCCCUUCCUAGAAAAGCAGAUAGACCCUUGCCCCUUUUUUGGUACGAUUUGAUAUGUUUUCAUCUCCUCCAUCUGUGGGUUCUCACCAUCAGGAUCCCCCAACCAGAGAUGUUAGAGUGAACCUGCCCCCAGCCCAGGGAGCAGCAAACAUCUCCACCCCCACCCAUGUCUUUGGAAUGCAAAAUGGGGAGCCCAGAGUGUGAGCCAGGGGGACCAGGGGUGGGGAGGCUUUGAAAUACCCGCCGCUUCUGUUCUCUGCCUCGAUGGGGACAGUCCCUAGAGUCUGAGAGGCCAGAUGGAGUUGAUGGCUGCUCCCCAACGUCGACGCGUCGUAACCUAGCCGGAGUCCCAUGGUUACCAGUUCAAAGGAGAAAGAAGGAAAGGAAGCAAACCUCAGAUGCGUGUCGGGUGACUCUGUCAUCUGGUACCCUACUUGUGAUAACUGUCUUGCUUGAUACUUAACAUUCUUUUUAAGAGGCCAAAUCGUCCAAGGACUUUGCUGAACGAGCAUGUGAAAUCAUUUCCGAUCAAGGACAGACCAGUGUGUAUGUACGUUCAUUUUAAUCUCUGGGAGAUUACCCUUUAUCCAGGGUGCCAUCGUAAUCAUGCCACUACUCACGAGUGUCGUUAGCCAACCCCCCAACAUUGUGCUACCUACAUUGUUUCCCUUCCUGAGACGCUCAAGUGGACGCCCCACCCCCUUUUGUACUUAUUUAUUUGAUAGGCUGCAGUGUCGUUUACGACAGUACGAUGUAUAGUAACGUAAGUGUUGGCUGUCCCAGCAGUCCCGUUGGUGGCGUCUCCUCCUUUCUCAAGCCCUGGACGUCCACUGGAUGCAAAACAACACGGUUUGGGCUCCCAUUCCCAGUUCUUGUCGAAUAAUCCCCGUGGAGCUGUAGAAUCAGGAAACUGGAUGCAUAUCAACUCAAAGCUAUUUUAUUGCUAGAAGGAUUUUAAUAUGUUUUGCAAAUGCAUCAUGCAAUGAAUUUUGCAUGUUUAUAAUAAACCUUAAUAACAGGU